AUUUCUCUUUCCGUCUCUGUUCUUCUGGGUCGUCGAGUGAUUUCUUGACGAGCUCCUGAAGCUUCGGUUUUUAUGGGGUUAUGGAGUGCCUGACGGCUUGUUUCUGUCCUUGGUGAAAAUGGGCGGGAUUUGAUCUUCCCCAUAAAAUUUCAAACGGAGCUCUACUCCCCGUGUCGUUUGAAGUUCUGAACUGAGUCGAAAAUGGUCAUUUGAAUUCAGCUUCUCUUGCGUCUCUUUCACCAUUUAUUGCAGCAGGCGGCGAAGCCUUAAGCCUUCCUUCGUGUACUCACUAGAGCCAGAAGAAGAUGAGCGGGUUCUCGUGGGACUGCGUUGAGGAUGAACUCACCGUCCAUUUUUGAAAUCGAAAACCCUUUAUGAGAGAGUAGCUUCUGCGUGGUCGUCGGGACAAUAAGGGUUAUUUGGGGUUGUUCAUCUUCAUGAUGUCGGUAGCGGACAAGUCGCCGAGCCCGGCCCGGGAUAUCGAUCCGCUGCUGAAGGACUUGAACGAGAAGAAGCAGAGCUUCCGGCGGAACGUGGUGUCCCUGGCGGCAGAGCUGAAGGAGGUCCGGACCCGCCUUGCCUCGCAGGAGCAGUCCUUCGCCAGGGAAACCCUCACAAGACAGGAGGCCGAGACAAAGGCAAAGGGCUUGGAAGAGGAGAUUCGUAGGUUGCAGAAGAGAUUGGAUGAAAGGAAUGAGGAGCUUCAGGCUUCGGCUUCCACAGCUGAGAAGUACACGAAGGAGUUGGAUGAUCUAAGAUCACAACUUGCGAGCACCCAAGCAACUGCAGAUGCGAGUACUGCAUCAGCUGAAUCAGCCCAAUUUCAAUGCUUGGCACUCUUGAAGGAACUAGAUGAGAAGAACAGGUCCUUGAAGGAUCACGAGGAUCGGGUCAAUAAGUUAGCUGAGCAAUUAGAUUACCUACAGAAGGAUCUGCAGGCCAGGGAAUUUUCGCAGAGGCAAUUGAAAGAUGAGGUUCUGAAAAUCGAGCAGGAUAUUAUGCAAGCUGUUGCUAGAGCUGGGGUGAGCAAGGAUUCAGAGCUGAGGAGAAUGCUGGAUGAGGUUUCUCCCAAGAAUAUCGACAAGCUCAAUAAACUUUUGGAUGUUAAGGACGAGGAAAUUGCGAAACUGAAGGAUGAAAUCAGGGUCAUGACUGCUCACUGGAAGAUGAAAACUAAAGAUCUGGAGUCGCAGGUCUUUCUUCUUAUCCAGUCACCCGUUUUAUAUCUUAUUUUCACGAUUAAUCCUCCUUUUGGGAUUAAAGAGGCAGUUUCUCAUUCAUCAACAAUGUUCAAAAUACAGUUGGAGAGGCAGCGGCGAGCUGAUCAGGAGCUGAAGAAGAGGGUAUUGAAAUUGGAAUUCUGUCUCCAGGAAGCUCGUGCUCAGAUGCGGAAGCUUCAAAGGACGGGAGAAAGAAGGGAGAAAACUCUGAAGGAGCUCAGGGAGCAGUUAGCAGGGAAGCAACAACAGGAGGAUGGUGGUGUUAGCGAGAAGCAGAACUUCUGGGAGACCCCGUGUUUCAAGAUAAUGGUCUCCAUGUCGAUGUUGAUCCUGGUGGUAUUCUCCAAGCGGUGAAGUCAAUCUGUAGCCCCAUUCGCUGUUGUUUUAAUGCACUCUAUUAGGUUAGGAUUGUAAAUGCCAAUAGACCUGUGGAAUGGCCAAAUCUUAUGGGCCAUGUCAAAUCCAACUUCUGUUCUCGUAGGUGGCAUAUGAUUAGGAAUAUCCCGGGAUAUAUGUUGGUGAGUCGACAUUUUAUCUCUGUGUCAGCACAUAGCAAAUAUAUGAUGGGAUCAUCCUUUUGGAUCCGAUCGAGGGACUGGAGUAUCUUAUAUAAUCAUAGUAAAUGAAAUGUCUCUUGAGUUUCUGUUCA